CUGGAAGAAGAGUCAGCUCCAAUAGCAUCCUAUUCCAUGCCAACGACGACCGGGAAUUCGAAGUUAUUAUCCCGUCAUCUCCUCUCAGGACAUCAAUAUCCGCUCAUUAUCAUCACAGUUCAUCGCACUUUUGUCAGCCUCGCUUUGCGAUGAAUCGAGCAGCAUCUAGAGACUUGGACCUAAAGGCUCAAGAUGUUGCGUCCAACUACAGCAUGAAAAAUGGCAAUACGGCUGCCAACGAACUUUCGUUAGAAGAUGCAGAAAUUCUUGCAGCCCUCCAGUGUUAUGUGCCAGGAACUGCAGAAGAAAAGCGGCUUGUUAGGAAGGCCGACAUGGUCUUGCUUCCGCUGCUCUGGUGGAUGUACAUUCUCGCGUAUCUUGACCGAGGCAACAUUGCCAAUGCCAAUGCCGCAGGACUGAGCGAGGACCUUGGGCUCAGCGACAACCAAUACUCGCUCCUUGUGUCUCUUUUCUUCGUCGCCUACGUCCUAUUCGAAGUACCCUCGAACAUGCUACUGAUGAAAAUCAAGCCUUCGAUCUACCUGCCCACAAUCUGCGUCGUAUGGGGCAGUGUAAUUAUCGGGAUGUCCCAGAGUAGUACCGCAUCCUCGUUUCUUGCCGGUCGAUUCUUUCUUGGCGCGAUCGAGGCUGGCUUGUUUCCCGGUGCUCUCUUUCUUCUGACCUGCUGGUAUACUAAGAAAGAAGUUGGCAAACGAUUCUGUAUUUUUUAUACGUCAGGCUGUGUUGCACCUGCACUCGGUGGGAUAAUGGCCGGAGCGGUCAUCUCGCGACUAGAGGGAGCCCGUGGAAUAUCAGGCUGGCGAUGGCUUCUCCUGAUUGAGGGUGUUGUCACCGUUGCUUGCGGAUUCGGACUCUACUUUGUGCUCCCAGACUACCCCCGCAACUCCAAAUUGCUGACUCACGAACAACGACUCCUUGGUCACGUCCGCAUUCUACACGACCAAAGUGCAUCUGUACAACCUGAGGAUGAUGGCCUGACACCAAUCCAGGCCUUUGCAGCAGUCCUCAAGGACGGCAGAACUUGGAUCUUCCUGAUUCUCUACGCCUGCAAUAUUCUAGGCUUGACGAUUUCAUACUUCAUACCCACGAUGCUCAAGGGACUUGGAUAUACCAGUAUCACUGCACAAUGGAUGACAGUUCCCAUCUGGGCGUGUGGCGCUGUGUUUCAGCUAUUCUGGUCAUGGACAUCGGAUAAGUACCAAGAUCGCAGAUGGCACAUUACCGGUCUGCUUUCCAUUUCUGCACUGUCAUGCCUCAUCGCCAUCGUCGUUCGGAACAACAUUGUUAAGUACGUCAUGAUGUGUUUUCUCAUUGGAGGCACGUUCACGACAGUGCCACUGAUUCUGAACUGGACGAGCGAGGUCAUGGCUAAGCCCGAGCGGAAGCGAUCCAUCGCCAUUGCGUUUGUCAACUCCUUUGGCCACACCAGUUACAUCUAUGGGAGCUAUUUAUGGCCCGCGUCAGAAGGCCCGCGCAAUCUGAAAGGGUUCGCAGCCUCCAACGCUGUUCUUGGCACUGCCGCUAUCCUCGCCGCAGCCCUUCCCAUCAUCUUCAAGUAUCUUCGCACCAGAGACGGAGAACCAGUCGGACAACGGAAUCAAGAGUCAGGUGAACAUAUUGAUGAACUUUCUUGAUACUUCUUCGAGGGAUUAAGGGGGUGCGUAAGUGUAAUGACACAAUGUGCAUGGCUGAGAGCUUGAGCCUGCCUUGUACAAUCAAAGUGACUGAAAUGUCCUGUAUAUAGGUAAAUGAGCUUGGAAAGAA